AUGCGUAUCCGACCUGUGUUGAAUAUCUUCGACUUUUAUUUUUGCACUGUAGGAUUCACCUUGAUACUAUUAGGUCAUGUCGAACUCGCGCAGAUGGACCAUGCCGAUACUUCGCCUUCGGAUUCGGAGGAAUCCUCCGAAGAUGAUGGUGCUUAGCGCAGAAUCAAAUAAGCGGGCAUUUUUGGUAGUAUGCGAAUAUAGCCUAAUUGGCCCAUUUUUGAUGGUUUGGCAACCACGCAACCUUUUUGAGUUCGCAGUUCAGAAUAAAUUACACAUCUCAACAGAUGGUCAUCUAUGUGGGGAGGGGGGGUCGGUGAUUGAAGUACGUAAUAGGUUAUGGGCAAAUCUCAACGUGCUGCCGUUGGAGGGUCACAGGAUCCGGCAGUCUCUCCCGCAAGACGUUUUACCCGGGCAUCCGCACGUAACAGCCCCCUAGAGGCAACUCAUCCCG